AUGGCGGCCAAAAGCAACAGAAAUGACCUAACCGUGUCUUGGAUUCACAUCCCGUCUUCUACUUGCCCUCCGAAUCCCAGGCCGUUGAAAGGCGCCCAAGUUUUCAUUCUGGGUAGCAAUCUUAACAUGCAAGCAGCAGAAGCAGACUCAGACGAGAUAAACGACGACCGAAGGGGUGUGCUGAAUGCCGUGCUCGACGCCGAUGCUCUUAUUUUCGCCACCCCCGUUUACAGUCACUCGCCGGCAGGAGCGCUGAAAGGGUUUCUCGACAAGAUUCUUGGGUCUUUCACGGAUGCAUCAUUCGCGAGACGGACACUCGAAAGGCAGCAGGCUGGAGAUCCCAUGUUCGCAGCUCACAAGAUCGACGCACGCCUAUUAAAACCGAGAGUUGUCGGAUUUAUCGCGGUCGCUGGCUCCACAACGCCGGACCGGGUCUCCCUUGCUUUGCCUGUUCUUCAUCUCCUGGUGUAUUGCCUGCAUGCAAAAGUAGUAGAUCAGGAGGACUUGAUGGGCUACGGCUAUCCCGGAAUCGUCGUUGCAAAGGACAACGGUGCUGCCAUUGCAAGAGCUCAACAGAUUGGGAGAAAUGUCGCUUCUCAGAUAGGAAAGCCGUUUGACGAAGCACAGUAUCUCGGACCUGAACCUUUUGGAGCUUGUCCGUACUGCCAUCUCGCCAAGUUCGAGCUACUGUCUAAGGAUAACAAGAUCGGCUGUGUCACUUGCGGAGCAUUAGGGAAGCUGGAGGUUGACAAAAAUGGAGGGGUCAUGCCAGUCUGGGAGACAGAUUCUCAGAUAUGCAGCAUUACUCUGGCGGGCAAGUAUCGUCACUUAGAUGAUCUGAUCAAUAACGGCCGGGUAGAGAUGAAGGCCAUCGCAUCAGAUGCCGAGUUCGAAAAAAAGCGUGAUCAUUGGCGGAGUAUCGAAGUCCCCGUCGUGCCACUGUCAAGUAUGGCUAGCAGAUAA